CAGAUUACAUCUGCCUCCUAGUCCACUGUCGUACACACAUGCAGGCCAAGACCACAGACCUAAAAUUCAUAACUGCUAAGCUUGGACUCAAGUUCAAACGACGAAACCCAAGCAAGCGAAUACACGAGAAUUAACCACCGCCCAGACGCACCGAUCAUCCUGCAUGGAAAGGUAGUCCAAGAAGUUAAAGAUAUCUUGUACCUUAGCUCCAAGAUGACCAGUGAUGGAGAUGCAGGGUCCGAGAUCAAUGUGAGGAUCUUCAAGACAGGGGAAGCUGGCGGGCCUUUAUGGUUUGGGAUCGAAGAAGGCAAAAAACAGGAGGCAGUGGCGGUCUCUGGUAAUGGUCUUAUGCGCACAAGGGCACAAAGAGCAUUGAGCUGAGCUGAGCCCUAUUAUUGGUGAGCCGACAUCCCAACAUACGACUUUCAAUAGAGAUGGAAGCCGAUCAUUUUUUUUUUUUUUUUGUCUUUUUAAACUCGGUAACACUGACCCUCAUUCUAUCGUCACUAGUACCGUUCGGAAGAAAACAUUUACGCGUUUACUUACCAGUUAAUUUAGCUUUGCACCUCUGUCUUAUAUCAAAUCUGCAGCGUCCUUUUCAUCUUCCUAAAGUUAAAGUGAACUUUAAUUUUUAAUUUUCAAUUUUUUUCUGCUAUCAUACACUUACACCACUAUCAUUUUACCAUCAGGAGUGCGGUUAGACUCUCGGCUUCAAGAAUGCCAAGAAGCUCACUGGAAACGAUCAUUUCCAGAUCUUGAUUAUGCGUUCUUUGGGUACGACGUCUUAAAAGGAUAUCCACUGGCAUCAGGACAUGAUCCUGGCUUCACUCACCCAAUCUUUCUGUCAAAGUAUUCAUCCAGCAAGCAGACAUCUGACUGUCGCUACAGUGUUCCCGAGGGGCUGAUUGUCGUACCUGAUGUGUCGUGUGUAACCUCGUUUUCCUCCAAAGUGAUUCGAAACAAAGUGGAGAUGUCCUCGUCUCUUUCCGCAUCAGCUAACGUUGAAGGAGGGGGAUGGGGCUUCAAGUUUUCCGCCAGCGCAAGCUACAAAGAAUCCGUUGCCCAGAUGUCGUCAGGGGAGUUCCUGUACAUAAUUUCACAGGCGCAGUGUCGUUAUUACUUUAGCAAACUUGAUGCCACUGAUCCGCCGCCAUUUCAUCCAGGGUUUGUGACCUGGGCGAAGAAACUGGCUUCCUCUGAUGCUGGUCAAGACGACCUCGUUCAGUUCAUAGAAUACUUUGGAACUCAUUACGUGUCAGAAGUGACUUUUGGAGCACGAUUCAUGAAACAGCAUAGAGUCAGCCAAACGAAAUAUAAAGAACUGAGAGAGAAGUCAGUAAGUGUAGAGGCACAAGCCAGCUAUUCUGGUAUGUUCAGUGUUGGAGGAGGCUUUUCAUUGGAUUCAGAGCAGAGAUCCGCCGCUUCCAACUUUCAAAAGUCCGUGGAAACCAGCACUAUAACUGUGGGAGCAGCUCCUCCUAGUAAUGGUGAUGCUAUGACUUGGGCUUCAUCCGUUCAGGAAAACCCAGUUCCAACAAAGUACUCUCUAUCACCCGUCUAUGACCUUUUCACUGAAAGGUACGCCGAGUAUCUUCCUGGGAUUGAUCUGAACGCCAUGCGAGAGAAACUGAUUAACACUUCAAGGAAUUAUUGUCGGAUUUUGAGAGGAAAGGGAGAGAUAGAUUCAUGUGAUGAUAGCAUUAAUCUGGGGACAACUCUUCAAGGCGUCGACGUAUCAUCAUUUGGUAAAUAUUAUCACUAG